AUGGUUCAUUUAGGUCCAAAAAAACCACAAGCCAGAAAGGGUUCCAUGGCCGACGUGCCAAAGGAAUUGAUGCAACAAAUUGAAAAUUUCGAACAAAUCUUCACUAUUUCAUCCGAAAGCCUACAAACUGUCACCAAACAUUUCAUCUCCGAAUUGGAAAAAGGUUUAUCCAAAAAGGGUGGUAACAUUCCAAUGAUUCCUGGUUGGGUUAUGGACUUCCCAACCGGUAAGGAAUCUGGUGAUUUCUUGGCCAUUGAUUUGGGUGGUACCAACUUGAGAGUUGUUUUGGUCAAAUUGGGUGGUGACCGUACCUUCGACACUACGCAAUCCAAGUAUAGAUUACCAGAUGCUAUGAGAACUACUCAAAACUCAGAAGAAUUAUGGGAAUUCAUUGCUGAUUCUUUGAAGACUUUUAUCGAUGAACAAUUCCCACAAGGUAUUUCCGAGCCAAUUCCAUUAGGCUUUACCUUUUCUUUCCCAGCUUCUCAAAACAAGAUCAACGAAGGUGUUUUGCAAAGAUGGACUAAGGGUUUCGAUAUUCCAAACAUCGAGAACCAUGAUGUCGUUCCAAUGUUGCAAAAGCAAAUCACCAAGAGAAACAUCCCAAUUGAAGUUGUCGCUUUGAUUAACGACACUACUGGUACUUUAGUUGCUUCUUAUUACACAGACCCAGAAACCAAGAUGGGUGUCAUUUUCGGUACUGGUGUCAAUGGUGCUUACUACGACGUUUGUUCCGAAAUUGAAAAACUACAAGGAAAGUUAUCCGAUGACAUUCCGCAAUCAGCCCCAAUGGCUAUCAAUUGUGAAUACGGUUCCUUCGACAACGAACACGUCGUCUUGCCAAGAACUAAGUACGAUAUUACCAUUGAUGAAGAAUCUCCAAGACCAGGCCAACAGACUUUUGAAAAAAUGUCUUCUGGUUACUACUUGGGUGAAAUCUUGCGUUUGGCCUUAAUGGACAUGCAAAAGCAAGGUUUGAUCUUCAAGAACCAAGACAUGUCUAAGUUCGACAAGGCUUUCGUUAUGGACACUUCUUACCCAGCUAGAAUUGAAGAAGACCCAUUCGAAAACUUGGAAGACACUGAUGACUUGUUCCAAAACGAAUUCGGUAUCACCACCACUGUUCAAGAACGUAAAUUGAUUAGACGUUUAUCUGAAUUGAUUGGUACUAGAGCUGCUAGAUUAUCCGUUUGUGGUAUUGCUGCCAUCUGUCAAAAGAGAGGUUACAAAACCGGUCAUAUUGCCGCUGAUGGUUCCGUUUACAACAGAUACCCAGGUUUCAAGGAAAAGGCUGCUGCUGCUUUGAAGGACAUUUAUGGCUGGACCGAAGCUUCCUCAGAAGACUACCCAAUCAAGAUUGUCCCUGCUGAAGACGGUUCUGGUGCUGGUGCCGCUGUUAUUGCUGCUUUGGCUGAAAAGAGAAUUGCUGAAGGCAAAUCUGUUGGUAUCAUCGGUGCUUAA